AUGCGGCUCUCCCUCCUACUCAUCUCUCUGACGGCGCCGCGGGCGGCGGCCUUCCAGAGCCCCCAAGCGCCGCGCCCCAUCAUCGUGAGGCACAGCACGCCGCCCGACGACGGCACCUUCGGCAGCGACGGCCCGAUGAUGGCGGCCGACCCCGAGGCCGAGUUCGCGGCGCUCGAGGCGAUGGCGCAGGCGAACGCGGCGCCCGCGGCGCCCGCCGCGGCGCCCGCCGCCGCCGCCGCCGCCCCGGAGCCGCAGUCCUACGCCGAGGCCGAGGCGCUGGCGCUCGAGCUGUGCGCCGUCGCGGCGGCGGCCGGCGGCGUCGUGGGGAGCCCCGGCGACGAGGGCGAGGCGCGCCGCCUCUAUGGCGAGGCCGUGGCCCUCUUCGAGCAGGCGCUGAAACUGCCGGGCGACGACUAUGAUGUCAGGCGCGUGUCGGCGCAGAACUCGCCCGUCGGCGGCGCGCCCGUGCUGCGCGAUCUGGAGCGCGUCACGUUUCCUUCAGUAUUACAGCGCCAGACGGCGCACUACAACAUCGCCUGCUGCCGCGCGAAGCUCGGACAGGGCGUGGAGGCGUUGGACGCGCUCGAGACGGCUUUAUCUUUAGGAUUUGACGACUUCCAGUUGGUCCAACGCGAGGGCGACUUCUCGGCCAUCCGAGGCGACGUCGACCGGUUGGUGGCGCGGUUCAAGCCCAAGGGCCUGUUCAAGGACGUGUCCUUUCCCGAACCGCGGGGCGCGCCCGGCGGGUUGGACCAGGCCGACGCGCCGUCACUCUUCGGCGUCGGGCUGCCCACGCUCCCGAACCCGUUUGGUGGUGGUGAGAAGAAGGAGAAGUCCGCGCCGUCGCUGCCGUCUCUCCCAAACCCCUUCGGCGGGCUGAUGGACGGCAUCAAGAAGGGCAUCGACCAGCUCGACGACAUCGUCGACCUGAAGGACGACGGCCAGAAGAAGCGGCGGCGGUAG